AUGGGGAAGAUCACCUUCUACGAGGAACGGGGCUUCCAGGGCCGCUGCUACCACUGCAGCAGCGACUGCCCCAACCUGCAGCCCUACUUCAGCCGCUGCAACUCCAUCCGCGUGGACAGCGGCUGCUGGAUGCUCUAUGAGCAGCCCAACUACCAGGGCCACCAGUACUUCCUGCGGCGGGGCGAGUACCCCGACUACCAGCAGUGGAUGGGCCUCAGCGACUGGAUCCGCUCCUGCCGCCUCAUCCCCCAAGAGAGUUCAACAAGCUCCCACCGGAUGCGGCUCUAUGAAAGAGAUGACCACAAAGGCCUCAUGAUGGAGCUGAGCGAGGACUGCUCCUGCAUUCAAGACCGCUUCCACAUCAGUGAAGUGCGUUCCCUCCACGUGCUGGAGGGCUGCUGGAUCCUCUAUGAGCUGCCCAACUACCAGGGCAGGCAGUACCUGCUGCGGCCCCAAGAGUACAGACGCUACCUCGACUGGGGGUCCCUGAAUGCUAAAGCAGGCUCUCUGCGCAGGGUGGUGGAUUUAUACUAA